AUGCGGGUCCCAGGCUGGAGCCCGGCCGCGCUGCUCCUCGCCGCCUGCCUCUGGCGGCUGCCGCCGGGCCGGGGCGCUGCAGGAACAGAAGAGGUGAUCGUCGGGGAGGCCGGAAGGAGUGUCGUCCUCGUGUGCCGAAAUGUGUCCGAGCGAGCGGACGAGGUGGACUGGUUUCACGGUGACCCUGGCGCUGUGCCCCCACUCUUCUCCUCCAACGCCACGCUGCCCGAAGAUGCCCGCUUGUCCCUGGUGGACAAUAGCUCUCUGCACAUCUCAGCGCUGCGCUUGCAGGACGGGGGCAAUUACACCUGCAAGGAAGUGCUGAACGAGACCGUCCGAGAGCACAGAGUCCAGCUCCUGGUAGCCAGUGGCCCCAGCAGCGUGACUGUCAGCAUCUCCCCCGCCGCAGCACUGCCCAAUGGCACGGUGUACGUAGACAAACGCGACCCUGUGAUGUUCAGCUGCACCAGCAACUCCCAUCCCGAGCCCACAAUGGGGUGGGCUUUCCAGCUGCCCAGUUCGGCCCCGGAAACGUUUACUGAAGUCAAUGGCUCCUCCACCGUCUACACCCUGCAAAAUCUAUCCUGGCGCUUCCAAGGGAACUAUUCCUGCACAGCAAGGAACCCUCUCAGUGGCAGAAGUCAGACAUCAACCAAGGAGCUCCUGGUCUACUAUCCCCCGCCGUCGGUCCCAAGGUGUUGGGCUCAAACUACCCAAGUGGGGUUGAUGCUGCAGUUGUUUUGUAACUGGCCCGGGGGAUACCCGCACCCCGUCCUCCAGUGGACAGAAGAGGGGCGAGACCUGGAGAAUUCGAGCUGGGUCGUUAAUGCAACAGGCACCGGGGACACCCACGUGGAAACGCUGAGCAGCUCUCGCCUCUUCCACGGGAAGAAGUUCAAGUGUGUCGGGAGCCACAUCCUAAAGAAGGAGAAAGCGGAGCCGACUUGCACUGUGCAGAUAAAGGCCCCUUCGCUGGCGACAGAGCCACUGAAGACAUGCUUUGUGGGUGGCACCGUGUCCCUCACGUGCCAGGUGAUGGAGAGCAAUCCCCCUGCGAGAAUCAGCUGGCUUCGGAAUGUCUCCCAGCCAGAGGUGGAGAUCCAGUCUGGGGGGAGGUACCUGGUCACCCAAGAGGGCAGCGUCUCCAAUCUCACCAUUCAGAACUGCUCCCAUGACGCUGACGAAGGCUACUACGUCUGCAAAGCUGAGAACCCCGUGGGGCUGAAGGAAGCCUAUGUUUCCCUCACUGUGAAGAAGCCGGUGAACAUAGUCGGGGUGGUGGGAGCAGUCGUGGUCCUGCUGCUGCUGGGAGUUCUGGUCAUCUCCGGAAUCAUUUUGUACUACAACCCCCUCCUGUGUCUGAAAGGCAGCAUAUUCAGGAAUCAAGACUCAAAUGAUGUCUUCAUGCUGGUGGAUUCAGAUGGAGAAGAGGAGGAGGAGGAGAGGGAGGAAGAAGAGGCGACUGGCAACUCCAAUGUGCAUCGAGUGACGGCCCUGGUGAACGGGAACAGCGCCCAGGCUGGUUAUGGCUACCAUUUUACUGAGAGUGACAGCAGUGAGCUCCCAACAGAGGAAGUGGAGCGAGAAGAGAUGCCAACUACGCAGAGGACAAUUCUCCCUUUUCUUGUUGAAAUGGAUGGAACUGUGGGUGGAAGUUAA